UCAAAAUAGCAGUGCUGCACACGUUGACGCAAGGAGUGAGUUACAUUAGUUUUAUCUAUUGAAAAUUCGGUAUGAAAUAUGAGUACUGUAAAACUGAUUUCAUCUACGAAAUAUCACGGAGUGACAGUAGUGUUCAAAGUGGAAGUGUAUUCGAUUCAACGUUGCAAAAUACGUGGAAAGAUGCGUUGGAGCGUGGUGUCUUCCGAUACGUUUUAAAUAUACAACAUUCUAAAAUUCUAGAGGGAAAAUUUUCUUUUGUGGCACAGUUAAAUACAGAUCGCGCUCUUAAAAGAAGGGCCCCCGAGGAAAUAACAAGCCUGACGCAGCCCUUUGACCACGACAGAUUUAAUUUUACGAAAAUAGACGAGACUGAAAUACUUUUUGAGCUGAGAAGAAAAUGUGACACAUCAACAAAUAGGCAUUGUGUGAUAAUUAAUGAGAGCCCACUAGAGUUUGGGCAUUGUUUACUUUUACCCACACGGCUGAACUGCUUACCACAAAUUGCUACACAAUAUAGUUUGCAGCUGGCAAUAGAAGUUAUGCUUCUUAGUUCAAAUCCGGCAUUUCGUGUAGGUUUUAACAGCCUCUGUGGCUAUGCAUCUGUGAAUCAUCUCCACUAUCAUGGUUAUUACCUUAAUUACUCCAUGCUCCUGGAGCACAUUUCUGUGCAGCACUUGAGUGGCCCAUGUUUCAUACUGGUCAACUAUCCAGCGAAAGGAUUUGUCUUUCAGCUGCCAUCAGAUAAACGUCCAGAAACCUUAGCAAGGGAUGUAUUCAAGCUAACAAAUUUUCUAGUAUGCAACAAUGUAGCACACAAUAUAUAUAUAACCAGAGGAACUGAUUUUUCCUCUUCGCAUACAAACUCUAAAAUUUGCAACACAGUCCGUGUUUAUGUGUGGGCGAGGAAAUCUUCUUCAGGAGCAAAACAAAAUGAUGCUUUCAAUCCUGCUAUAUGCGAGCUGUUUGGCCAUCUCAGUGUUAAAACAGAAGCAGCAUAUUGGUCUCUGACAGAAGAGCAGGUGGUUGAAAUGCUAAAUGAUGUUUGUGAAGGUCCUUUUGGACAGGUUACAGAUUCUGUGAAGGAAUUGUUUGAAGACUAAGACAGUGCUCAUCAUGUUCAGGCUAAAAAUAUAAAAUGGGACCUUCAGCUUGAGUUAGCAUGGAUGGAGACAGAUCAGUCUUUCAUUUUCAAAAUGCACUCUUCUGGAGAAGGUAUCUAAUUACAUAAAGAGAAUAGGAAUAAAUGUUGAACAAAGCUCCAUGGAGAAAUAAACCAUACAAAAUAAUUGGUCAAGGAUAGAGUAAUAGUACACAAGAAUACAGAUUGAUUGGUAAUGAUGAAAAUUAAAAAAACAAAUUAUAUUAAGAAACUGAAUAAUAGGAAAAGAUACAGCAUUACU